GAUGUAGCCAUUCCUAAAAGAUCUUAAAUUACAUUCUACAAGAAAAAGAGCUUUCUAAUUAACUGGUCAUCUUGAAAGUGUGUCAAAAUACAAAACAAAAACAUUCCUGUAACAAGGUUAUUUUUUCCUUUCGAGAGUUAAGAGUAGAAUACAAUCAUAUAAUGGCGGACUCAAGGCAUGUAGGAGACCAGAGGUCUAUCGAUUAUCACCCUGCCAUCAAGCGUCCUCUCUCCGACAAUGCUCUUAGCAUUCAUGACAAUGAUGAUGACUAUCGGAACGAAGUAAAUCAGUCGCCUCUACCAAAAAAGAAAAUCAAGACUGUGGGUCAACAAAAGCGUUUCUCUCUCCGCUACUGGGUUCGUAAUACACCAUGGAGCCAGUAUUUUAAAGAUGGUUGCCGUCUGAUAAUCAAGUCCCCGCUGAACUUCUUCAUUUUUUUUUGUUGCUUCUCAGUUGUGGUGUGGGGUGCAUUUCUGGUACUUUUAAUGGGGAACUUGGCCAAGCUCAGAGAUGAUGCCACACAAAAGCUCUGGAUUGAAAUUGCCUCUCAAGUCUUAAACGGGUUUUUUACUCUGGCCAAUGUUCCUGUGCAUCCAAAACGAUUCUUGGGUCUCAUUCGUGGAUACCGCAUUUGGACAGAAGAUAAAAAACUUAGGAACCAUUUCGUCAGCCGAUUUCUCAACGGGAACAAUGAUAGGGAUGGAGCCACUAUGUCCAACAAGAAUGAGCGUCGAAAGGAACUCUUAAGGAUGCUGGAUUUUUAUUUUUGCUUCCCUGACUAUGGCCGUGAGCGUCAGAAAAAACUGGGCUAUUUAAAUGAAGGUGCUCUUUUACCGACACCAAUGUCUGCAAAAGCUUCCCGAAAAUCGUCAGAGAGCUUCAUUGACAGGGCAGGGCCUCGGUCCAAGUCAAUUUCAAACCCUAAAAGUCAUCAGGUCGAUCCCUAUCGAGCAUAUAUUGACUAUGAGAAUACCAGGGAUUACAGCGCCCAAGGAACGAGCUUGGAAUCCAGCGCCCCAUUACAACACCUUGCAAAUGCUGAUAGGGACAAGCCAAAACAUUCAUGCGACAAUUCAGUUGUAGCCACAUCCAGAACUCCAGAUCAAGUUAAUAUUACGGAGGAAUUCCUGAAUUUACUGCUGGCAGAAGAAACUCACCGUGUGGUGCACUCGGUUAUCCUGCCGUUCCUCCCCACAUCUGUAAAUGUCGAAACGGGAGAAAACUCUUGCUCUGAGCCGCUUCAACAACUAUCCUUGGACACAGGUGUAGCAUCACAAUCAAUGGGCUCCAGAGGAUCGCCAGUGUCUCAAGCUAGGCGAAGACUUGACAGAGGGUCUUCAUAUACCUCAUUGUCUAGAAUGUCAAUGAAACGGGCAUUUUCCAGGGGUAGAGCCAGGACAAUGUCCAUGACAAUGACUACGGAAACAGGCGUACCACGCACUUUUGUUGUGCACGAUGACGACUCCUUUGGCCAUAAUAAAAGUUUAACAGAGGAUCAAACGCAACUUUUUAUGCCACCAUCACUCACGUUAGAGCAAAUGGAUUGGGUCGAUAAACAGCAGGAGCGACUUUUGCAGCAGCAAGAACGCCUUCAGAAAGCAUGGCCUUGGUACACAUACACAAUGCCAUCAGGUAUCGAGCCUGUCGAUUUUUUCUCUCCUGAACCUCAGCCAGAAGAGUCAGAGUUGUCACAGCCACCAUCAACCUCAAAGCCAGCCAUAGGGCUAAGUAGAUCACCGACUGAUCUGAUUAUCAGCCCUUCACGGUUUUGCCUCAUUGUAGGCUCGUUCAAUGUCAACUCUUUGGUGCAAGAGAUCUUAUGUGGGUUCAUGUGGGGCAUGAGCUACCAUGUGCGACCAGGCUGGGUAGUAGGCACAGGGAUGGCGCUUGGGUGCAUAGCUGCGAUAGUACCAAGUGUACUGAUUAUGUUGCACGAACGGCGCUUGAGUCGAAUGCGAAUAGUGGCCGUAGCUGAAGUGGCAAUCCAAGACGCGUUAGAUGAUAAAAGGGGCUCCUUCUAAAGUUUCGGUUUUUAAUAGCUUUUGAAAUGGUUGUCUCGAAUAUACCCACAGUAUGCAAUGUAUGUAAUAAAC